GCGGCCGUCAACGUGUUGUUUUCAUUCAUGUUAUGUGUUUUGUAUCCUCUAUGUAUGGUUGAAGCAACAGUUACACCGCUUACAGCUCUGGACUUCCAAGAAAAAACUGCCGGCAGUCCUUAUUUCGUAAUGUUUUAUGGGGAUUGGUGUGAACACUGUAAAAAUCUAAUGCCAUAUAAUGAGAAAGCCAAGCAAAUAAACAUUGGAAAGGUUGAUUGUGUAGCUGAGACAGCAUUGUGCGCACAGCAAAAUAUUAAAGCAUAUCCAUCGUUAAGGUUGUACAAUGGUGGUGGAGUCAAGAGAUACUAUGGGAAAAGAAGCAUUGCUGAUUUUAUGAAGUUUGCAAAUCAAGUAGUCUUUAAAGAGACUGAUGGCACACAGACUGCWGAUACUAUUGUAAACGAUGUUCAUGUUUUGACAUCUGAAAAUUUCAACCAGAAAACAGAAUCAGGACUUCAUUUUAUSAAAUUCUAUGCUCCRUGGUGCAUUCACUGUGUACGGCUUGCACCUGUUUGGGAAAAACUGGCUUCAAAGUACAAAGAUUCAACAGAAGUCACCAUAUCAAAGAUUGACUGCACAACUCAGAAGUCAAAGUGCARUGAACUAUUUGUUAAUGCAUUCCCAACUCUUAAGUUAUUCCAGGAUGGCAAAGAGGUUGACCAGUAUACUGGUGACAGARGACUCCACCAAUUAGAAUCUUAUGUUGCCGCAAAGAUAGCAAAAUACACUACACCACCCACAWCAUCGCCACCCACCACACCACCAACAAAGUCAACUAGUGGUGAUGAUGAUGACAUGAUUAAACCAUAUCAGCUUCAUGAAAAUAAUUUUGAAGCAAUGGUUUCCAUGGGGACCACMUUYGUCAAGUUCUAUGCGCCAUGGUGCGUUCACUGUAAGAAACUUGCGCCAAUCUGGGAUCAGUUAACCAAUAAAUGUGCAGAAACAGCUGGAGGGCCUAAAAUUGCUAAAGUUGAUUGCACAGCCGAGGAAAAAUUGUGUCAAAGUUUUGGAGUCAAUGGAUACCCAACAUUAAUGUUAUUCAAAGAAGGAAACCAGAAGCAGGAAUACAACGGUAAUCGUGAUUUAGAAAGCUUGUAUAAGUUUGUCAUGGCAAAUCAUGACAAAGAUGAAUUGUAAUAUAUAUAAUAUCUAACGUACAUUUUGUAGAUAACUGAAUGCUUUAACAACGUCACUCAGAA